AACGCUGCUACUCACAGGUUCGGUAUUCUUUCAUAUCCUUUGUUCUGUGUCUGAGUUAGUCACCUACAGACUGUAUUGAAUUGUUAUUGGAGUCAUCCAUUUUGGUUUGGGCAGAAUAUCCACACCCUGGAACGUGUAGCAGCAGGACUGGAGGGAGAGGACCUGAUUGAAGCCCACGGCAUCUUCUACAUUUACAUUUACAUUUACGUCAUUUAGCAGACGCUCUUAUCCAGAGCGACUUACAGUAGUGAAUGCAUACAUUUCAUACAAUUUCAUACAUUUCAUACAUUUUUUUUUAUCUGUGCUGGCCCCCCGUGGGAAUCGAACCCACAACCCUGGUGUUGCAAACACCAUGCUCUACCAACUGAGCUACAGGGAAGGCUUCUACACCUCACUGUGUCAGAUUUAUAUGCCGGAAAGAGUACGACUUGGACUGGAUGAAAGGUUAGUGUAUGUGGUACGGUAAUAUCUAACUGGGGUGGUUUAACAAGACACUGUUAUACCACCUAGGCAGACACUCAUUUACAUGGAUUUGUUAAUUAAGUUGUCAUUUAAAAGGAAUGUGGGUGCUAUUAAAAUAAUUGUUGAAUUAUGCUUUUUAACCUCUGACCUGCAGAGAAAAUAUUCUCUGAUGACAUCCACAAAUGUGACAAGUGCAGUAAUCUGGUUGAAGGGAAAGGUGGAUACCUAGUCAGUUGUACAACUGAAUGCAUUCAACUGAAACGGGUCUUCCGCAUUUAACCCAACCCCUCUAAAUCAGAGAGGUGCGGGGGGCUGCCUUAAUCGAUAUCUACGUCUUCAGUGCCCGGGGAACAGUGGGUUAACUGUCUUGCUCGGGAUUAGAACGACAGAUUUUUACCUUGUCAGCUCAGGGAUUCGAUCCAGCAACCUUUCGGUUACUGGGCCAACCACUAGGCUACCUGCCGCCCCAAACCAGAUAUUGCUUUCUGUGGUGAGAAUCUACCAAAGAGGUUCUUCACCUCAAUGGCCAUGGACUUUACUCGCUGUGAUUUGCUGAUUAUAAUGGGGACCUCCCUGCAGGUUCAGCUCUAUGCUGCUCUUGUUGGCAGGCAGAUCCUGUAUUAGGGAUGAUAGGCAUUGGCGGAGGAAUGGACUUAGACUCAGAAAGCAUACAGGAAUGUGGCUCAUAUUAGUACAUGUGAUGAUGGAUGCUUGGCACUUGCUGACCUACUGGGCUGGAAGGCGGAGCUGGAAGAGAUGGUGAAACGGGAGAAUGAGAAGAUUAACAGCAAAGCCAGGAGGAACAGGCCAAUCAGAGCUCUGGGGCUGCUGGGAAGGUGGGGUCGGGGAAGGCUAAGAGGUGUGAGUGGCACGGUGAGGACAGACAAUGAGGUUACUGAUAGAGUUUCAAGGAGGCCCCUGACUCUGCUGGACAGGUUGCGACUAUGUCAGGACACCUGGGCCCCUGGGAUAGAGACGAGGCCCAUGCUACCCUCUGGGGCCGGCCUGCUAGGAGCUUCCUGGUGUUGAGGGACUCCCAGCCCAUCCUGCUGUGUGUCCACUGGAGGAGAGAGUGGACAUGUCAGAGACAACCCCAUACAGCUUAUCAGCCAUCUGAGUCAUAUUUAGGCUUCUCUGAUCUGGCUCGCUGAGCAGAGUCCUGGCUGUGUCCCACCUCUGACCUCCAGCCUGAUCACAUGACUCAGAGGGCUCCUGGUACUGCCAUGUGCACCAUACAGCUGACAGCAGCCAAUGGUGCUCUGUCCAUCAUCAACCCACUGUAUCUCCAUGAGCAUGGCGAUGACUGGCUGACGCAUCAACCAACCAGCCCACAGCGAGUUAAUCGGCCAUCCAAUUAUAGGCGUGAGAGACGACUGAGUACGAGACCUUGGUCAGGGGCGGAUCUUCUUACUAAGAAAGCUAUCUCAUUGGAGCAGGAGCCCUGCAGCUCUAGUCCUGAUAAUCCAGUCUUGUCUACAGGGUCUCCUGUAGUCCAGGCUGCUCCGUCUCCCCCCACCCCUACAGGGGGGGUGUUUCUGAGGAGGCCCAGUAGGGAUGCUUCCAUUGAGUCACUCCACAGAACAGGGAGCCAGGACCACACUAACACCCUCAGGCCCCCCUCAGACCCCAAGCCCCUGUUCAGCCCUGCCCCUCAGUCGCCUCAGAGGGUGUCCUGGUUUGAAGACAAUGUAUGGCUCUCCCAACCACCACCCCCCUCCCUCCUCCGCCCCCCCUCCCUGGAGCUAGACUCGCUGUCAAUCAACAGCGUCGAGGAGGAGCCGGAGUCGGUCACCAGUCCUUCCCACUCCCCCCACCCCUCGCAUUGGUUGGCCGACAAGGUGAUGCACCGCCUCUCGGCUGUGGGCAUGGCCAUUGGUGGGCUGGGGCGUUCACAGAAGAGGCUGACCAAGCGGGUGCAGGAGCUCAGCAAGCGGAGGGACGGGGUGUUUGCUGAGGCAGUGCUGGGAUUCGUUGAGAUGACCCUAGGGGCUGGGUUUAUCCCUGACAUGACAGGUGCGGACCUGCUUCAGGAGGUGCGUACGGCUCUCACUGCUCUGAGAGAAACACUGCUGGACUGUCCUGAGAUACACAUCCUCAUAGACAGUAUGGCCGACACACCCGACGGGGAGCUGGAUGCCAUACUGGAGCUCUCCCUACACAAAGUGGCCCUAAAGCCUGUGAACGCCCACCUGUACAGCUGCCUCCAGAGCUGUCGGGACCACGACGGUAGCCUGCAGAAGCUGAGGGAGAACCAGCGGCUCCUGGAGGGGUGGGGGGUGGAGGAGCUGGAAGGGACGCCUGGGGUGGGGGUCCCUGACCCUGUCACCCUGGAGAAGAUCCAGCAGAGGUGGUCAGCCAUGCACCAGUCCUACUCCCCCAGCAGGAAGGUCUAUAUCCUGCUCAAGGUCUGCAAGACCAUCUACCACAGCAUGACGGCCAAUGCCAACCCAGGUGUGGUGUAUGGGGCUGAUGACUUCCUGCCCUGUCUGACCUGGGUGCUUCUGCGUGGUGAUGUGGUCGCUCUGCAGCUGGACACUGACUACAUUAUGGAGCUACUGGACCCCACACAGCUGCAGGGAGAGGGAGGUUACUACUUGACGUCCCUGUACGCCUCUCUCUUCUACAUCAGCAGCUUCCGUCCUCGUCUCGCCACACGCCAGCUUACCACCGAGGCCCAGCAAUCCCUGAGCCAAUGGCAUCGCAGGCGCACCCUGCACUUCAGCCAAUCACGACGCAGCACGAUUCGGAGGACCCUCCGGAGACCUGGGCACGGCGAGAAGGGCAGGGAAAACUCCAGUGACGCAGAGCCGGAAACUGGCACAAGAAGUGUAACUGACGCCCCACCGCCGCCCUCUAGUGUUGUGGCAAAGGCACUGCACAUCAUCUCAGAGGUUGUGGUAGCGGUGAGGGAGGAGGAGGGCAGCAAAGAGGAGGGCCAAGGAUCCCCAGCUGCACAACUCCAGUCCUCACCUCGGAAGGAGAGACAGGACUCAGGUUAGUCUCCGCAGCGUCCAUGAGGUACUCCACAGAUGCUACCCUCCACAGCAUGGCCUUCGCUCCAGAUCAAAACUCCAAACCUACAACCUAAUUUUGGCCAAAAUUAACCGGAUAGGUUACUGCUACCAAGGUUUCCUGUUUCCAAGCUAUACGGAGGGUGCUCUAGCAAACAAACAGAGACCUGAGGACACCAUCCAACCUGGAACUGAGUGAGUAGUGUUUGGUCUGAUGCUAUUUUGAAAGCCAAGAAUAAAAAUAAAAAUAAAGUACAUUACAAUGAUGUAUUUUAAUUUAUGGAGACUGAAUGCUGAGUUAAGGCUGCCAGGCUUGCUAGACAGACCAGAUAUAACUUCAAUUAGCACUGAGGUGUGAAGUGAAAAGUGUUGAGGCCUUUGGGCCCAACAAGUGGCAGGAGUAUUUGAAGCGUCCUCUGAAGCCCCCUGCUGCUGUUCAGACCAUUCACUGGCAUUUUCUACAAGAAAUCUGCCUCCAGAAAUAAAAGCUUCUCCCAAGUGGGUGUGACAUUUACUCCCGUUGACUGCUGCACUGCUGCUUGGAUUCCACCUGGUGAUCUGUUCAUCGUCUGCCCUGGCCUGUCUCCCCCUGUCUGGUACAGGUACCUCCACCACACUCACCCCUCUCUCCUGAGCUUUCGCUCACCUCCAGCACUCACGCGUUGUUGGGGCGAGUGACUCUGAACUUACAAUUGCUAGACCCAAGUCAUCAUAUAUUUUAUUAUUUUCUUGUGCCUUUUGCUAUUUGCCUCAUGACUCCUGCAUGCUUUGUUGACUAUGAACUUUCUUUACCCAACCGUGGGACAGACUAUGUUUGUUCCCACACUCGGGACUCUGACUCUCUAUUGGUUACACAGACUUUUGGCCUCCCAUCCUAUUCUAACCCCCCAUCGCCGGCUUUGUAUUCAUGUCACCUGAUGAAAUUGCUGUAUAAUAUGAUCUUGUUGCCAUCUGAUGCACAUUCAGAUGUCAUAAAUCAGCACUGUAGAGCUCUCCCUGUCCUCUGCCGUGCCUUGAUUGUAUUACUAUUGAUGAUAUCUGGAAAUGUGCAUGUACACCCUGGCCCAUCUACUGUUGCUAGCCCCAAUUCUGACUUAUGCUCUGAUAUCUGCUUCACUGACUUCUGCUCUCGUGAAAGCCUGUGUUUUCUGCACGUUAACACUAGAAGUUUAUUACCUAAAAUGGAUAAAUUGAAAGUGUGGGUUCACAGCUCCAAUCCAGAUGUUGGUCAUUACUGAGACGUGGUUAAGGAAGAGUGUUUUGAAUACUGAUGUUAACCUAUCUGGUUAUAACCUUUUUCGGCAAGACAGAUCUUCCAAAGGCUGGGGAGUGGCAAUCUUUACCGAGAAUCACCUUCAGUGCUUGGUGGUCUCCACCAAGGCUGUCCCCAAACAAUUUUAUUUGCUGGUUUUAAGCAUUAAACUUUCAAACAGCU